GAAGGACGACUGCUCCCCGCCCCGCGGCCCUUGCAGCCCUGCUACCACCACUCCAGUCAUAUUUAGGAAGUGAAGGGAGGGCGAUGUACCUAGUGCCAGCGGGAUUUAUAACUGCUUCAACCUCACUAUCCUUAUGCCCAGUCAACUAACCGUCCAGCCAACAGUCUGUUGAUGUGCAUGAAGUGUUCAGUGUAGUUUGAAGUGCAUGGUAACACAUCACUCUUGGAAGAGAAGUGUUGCAUGAACUGUGAUGGGAAGACUCUCAGGCCUGUGGGAUAUGAAACUUUAUCACAAAUAAGCUGAAGGGCCACACAUUAUACAUCUUGAGAGUGGUGAAUUCAAGGAAUUAAAGAGACAGUUGUAGUGCAUAAGAGAGACACAAAGUUGCACAAUGCCUGAGAAUGUAAACCAGCAGGGGCAGGGCACAGACGCCGGCAGUGGUCUGGUGCUGCGAUGGGACAUAAAAAAUCUGGAGAUCAAGACCAGAUCUGUUGAAAAGACUCUAGAGCCACUUGUCAUACAGGUUACUACUUUAGUCAACACUAAAGGUCCUUCAAAGAAAAAGAAAGGCAGAAGUAAAAGGGCACAUGUCUUGGUGGCAGCAGUUGAGGCUGCUACAGCAAACUUCAUUGAGCGAGGGGAAGAAAUUGCCUAUGAGAACCCUGACAUCCGGGGAGAGAUGCUUGGGGCUGUAGAGGAAGUACGAAAGACUGGAGAUACCAUGUCACGGGCAGCUCGGGAAUUUGCCGAAGAUCCAUGCAGCAGUGUGAAGCGUGGCAACAUGGUGCGGGCUGCCAGGAGCCUGCUGUCUGCCGUGACUCGCCUCCUCAUCCUUGCCGACAUGGUGGAUGUGCACCGCCUCCUCAAAAGUCUGCAAGUUGUUGAGGAUGAUUUGGAGAAGGUGAAAAAUGCCUCCAGCCAGUCUGAGCUGCUAGAUAAUUUCCGCCUCUUUGGCAAGAACACUAGUGAUCUUAUUAAUCAAGCUGCCAAGAGACAAAAUGAGCUGAAAGAUCCAAGGCUGCGUGAUGACCUAGCCUCAGCUCGGGCUGUUCUGAAGAAAAACUCCAUGAUGCUCCUCACUGCUUCCAAGGCAUAUGUGAGACACCCUGAGCUUGCUGCUGCCAAGGCCAACAGGGACUUUGUGUUCAAGCAAGUGUGUGAAGCUGUUAAUACUAUCAGUGAUGUGGCUCAAGGCAAGGCCACAGGGGCAGGACAGAUGCCCUAUGAAGGUCCUGGUGAACUGGCAUCAGCACUUGAUGACUUUGAUGAACGCAUCAACAUGGACCCACUGACAUACAAUGAGGUGCGCACCCGACCUUCCCUGGAGGAGCGCCUGGAGUCCAUCAUCAGUGGAGCAGCGCUCAUGGCCGACUCUUUCUGCACACGUGAUGACCGCCGCCUCAAGAUAGUAGAGGAGUGUAAUGCUGUGCGGCAGGCCCUCCAGGACCUCCUGACAGAAUAUAUGGACAAUAUGGGACGCAAGCAGCCAUCUGAAAAUCUGGACAAGGCUAUUGACCACAUGUACCGAAAGACAAAGGAUCUAAGACGUCAGCUACGCAAGGCUGUAGUUGAUCACGUCUCUGACAGCUUCCUUGAGACAAAUGUUCCUCUUCUUGUGCUUGUGGAAGCAGCACGUAAUGGCAAUGAGAAAGAGGUGGAAGAAUAUGCACAGGUGUUUACUGAGCAUGCCAACAAGUUGGUUGAGGUAGCCAACUUGGCUUGCACCAUGUCCAACAAUGAAGAUGGUGUGAAGAUGGUGAGGUAUGGGGCUGCACAGAUAGAGCAGCUUUGUCCACAGGUCAUCAAUGCUGCCAGCAUCCUUUCAGCAAGACCUAAAUCCAAGGUGACGCAGGAAAAUAUGGAUGCCUUUAAAGAUGCUUGGGAAAACCAAGUCCGCAUUUUGACAGAGUCAGUUGAUGACAUCACUACAAUUGAUGACUUCUUGGCAGUAUCAGAGAGUCACAUCCUGGAGGAUGUAAAGACCUGUGUGAGGGCCAUCAAUGAGGGCGAUCCAGAAACUCUUGAUCGUAUUGCUGGGGCCAUCAGGGGCCGUUCUACCAGGGUGUGCCAUGUGGUAGCCUCAGAAAUGGACAACUAUGAACCUUGCAUGUACACUGAUCGAGUACUGGAAGCUGUCAAGGUCCUCAGGGAUCAAGUUCUACCCAACUUUGCCCAGCGUGUGGAUGUGGCAGUGGAGGCCCUCAGCAGCACUCCAGGGAAAGAGGUGGAUGAAAAUGAGUUUAUUGAUGCCUCUCACCUGGUGUAUGAUGGUGUUAGGGAGAUCCGCAUGGCUGUCCUCAUGAACAAGGCUGAUGAUGAAUUGGAUCCAGAUGAUGUACUCAUGGAUGACUAUCAUGGCAUUGAAAUCAGGAGCAAGUCAAGUGCCCACACAGUGGAGACAACCAUUGAUGAGUAUCCUGGUGUUAGUGGCAUCACCACUGCAAGAGAUGCCAUGAGGAAUCUGAGUGAGGAAGACAAAGACAAGAUUGCUGCACAGGUUGAAAACUUCCGUCUGGAGAAGGUUAAAUUUGACCAAGAAGUUGCCAAGUGGGACGACACUGGAAAUGACAUUAUUGUUUUGGCCAAGCACAUGUGUAUGAUCAUGAUGGAGAUGACAGACUUCACAAGAGGUCGAGGCCCUCUCAAAACCACCAUGGAUGUUAUCAAUGCUGCCAAGAAGAUCUCCGAGGCUGGAACUAAGCUAGACAAGCUCUCUAGGCAAAUUGCUGACCAGUGUCCAGAGUCCAGGACCAAAGAUGACAUGUUGGCUUACCUGGACCGCAUUGCCUUGUAUUGCCACCAGCUGAAUAUCACCUCCAAGGUCAAAGCUGAUGUCCAGAAUAUAUCUGGUGAACUGAUUGUGUCUGGGCUUGACUCUGCUACAUCACUGAUUCAAGCUGCCAAGAACUUAAUGAAUGCUGUGGUCUUAACUGUGAAGUGCUCCUAUGUUGCAUCCACCAAAUACCCACGGCAAGGCACCAUCCCUCAGCCUGGAGUCAGAUCAGCAGAAGUGAGCACAGGUGGGGGUUUACAGAAACCAGGGGGGAAGGUUCCCCAUAUUCCCCCAAAGCCUGUAGUAUCACAGGGACAGUCACCAAUUGUUGUGUGGAAGAUGAAGGCUCCAGAGAAGAAGCCUUUGGUGAGGCGCGAGAAGGCCGAAGAGGUGCGAGCAAAGGUUAGGAAAGGCAGCCAGAAGAAGCCUGUAUCUGCUCUGAAGGCUCUUGCUGAAUUCCAGAGUCCAGCUGAUGCAAUUUAGAGCAGUUUUCUACUUAAUUAGUGACAGCAUAACUCAUAGGAAGAUGUGUUGGAAGGUGUAUUUUGGGGCCUAGAUUCCAAUUUGGUCUUUUCUGUAGUUGCCCACUUACUGUGAUGGCCAACUGUCCCAUGUAGAAAUAGUUAGGGAAAGAGGCACAUUUAUUGAACUGAAGUAUGUAGUUUUGUCACAAUCCCCCUCUACACAUAUAUAAUUUUUUUUUCCCCUCCAAUUUAGUCUAACACAUAAACACAACAUGAUAUAUGUGGUUAGAUAUAUAUAUAUAUAAUCAUAUUUUUUACACCAAAGGCAGCAUAUGUUUAAACAUGCAUUCCAUUUAUAAUUUUAUGUAGUUUUACAUUGCCAGCUGAAGGGCAAUGCCUCAUUACCCAACGUAUCAUAAGAUUUCAUAUUUUCCUAUUGAUUCUGCCCAGUGUAUUGCCCACAUGAGAUGAGUGUUUCAAGAAAGGAACAUAAGAAAAGUCUGUGGUAUAAUGAGAUGGAUGUGGUUAAUUUGGUCAUCAUAUCUAUGGCUGGAAAAAAAGUUAGUUAGUAUGAUAUUGUAUAAUAUCUCAGAAUAUUUAUAUAGGGUCACAACUAGUAGCUAAUUAACUGAGAUCAUUAUUUAUGUAUUGUUUGUUUUUUUAAACUUGACUCAUAAUUUUCUUUUCACUGUAGUAUUAUUUUUUUCAAGUAUUAAUGUGUGAACUUAGUCUUGACAUUGUUAGUCAUAUAAACUGAAUUACCUGAUCCUUCUGUCUUGUAUUGACUUUCUCAUUGAACUCAAGAGUCAGAAUGGAUAAAUAGAAUACCUAAGAGAAAAGCAGACAGGUGGGAAGGACAAGUUAUCAAAUCAUUUUCUUUUAAUUCUUUCCUUUAUUAAUAUUCAAAUGAUUAUACAUAUUGUUUUAUUAUUAUUAUUAUUAUUAUUAUUAUUAUUAUUAUUAUUAUUAUUAUUAUUAUUAUUACUAUUAUUAUUGUAGUUGUACAUAUUGUAGUGAGGUGUGCACCAAUUCUGGGUUUUGGAAUCAGAGCUCACUGACACACACACACACACACACACACACACACACACACACACACACACACACACACACACACACACACACACACACACACACACACACACACACACACACAAUAAGAUUGGUAGGGCAUCUUGUCUGACCUGCUCUCUGCUGAGUCUGCUCAUUAAUAGAAGCUAUAACAUGAAUAUGUCUCCAUCUGGCCAGGGACUCCAUACCUUGUGAAUAUAAGCUCAGUGUUGUAGCUGUUAUGCCAGAAGGCUGAGGUAUUAGGAAUUUGCUAUAUUUGAUUAAAUACUAUAUUAAAUGUUACCAUGAAAAAGAAAAAAGCUAUGGAAGCUCCUACAUAUUUUUUUGUAAACAAAUAUUGCUUGAAUAUGGAAUUGUCCAUUGCUAGCAAGUUGUAAGAAGGUCCGGUCUAUUUAACCAUCUUUAUUUAACUUGAAUACCGAUUACAGUUUGUAUUAGUAGGAAACAAUGUUAGAUAGUUGAUAGUGAAUUUAAUUGGUCAUUAUUAUGUUUUACAUAUUUUAUUUUUGAUUAUGUAAAACUAUUGCUUUCAUUAAGGUGCUAAGUAGAAGUAGCACUUUAUCCAGAUCACAAAAAUUAUUUUCAUUGUGCUCCACAGGAAUCUUUCUCUUUUGUAAUGAAAUAAGAUUUUAAAGAUGUUCAACAAAAAAUGCAAUUUCCAUAAAGUAAAUAGUUUAUUAAAUUAAAUUAACAAUUGGUUAUGCAACAUACAGAUUUUAAUGUGGGAUGGUUUUUUACACUGGCAGGAGUAAGUCAUCUGUAUUGUGUCCUUACUUAAGCUAUCUCAUUCUGAACUUCUUUGAUCUCUCACAAGAGCUGUGUCAUGUCUGGGAUUCAUGUUAACUAUCUUAUUUUAGUGUCUCAGCAUGUGAUGCAGUUGAAUGUGUAGCUGAUUUACUUCUUAGAGAAUAUUAGGGAUUAUGUUGAGUGAAUGAUUACUGGUAUUGAGCUUAACCUCAUGUAGAGGUGAAUCUAUUUGUAGGAAUUACUGACAUGAUGUAGUAGUCCAUUGUUUGAACUGUGGAUGUUGUGUAUCCUUUUUAUAUUCCUUGCUUGAUGAACUAUUGGGACAGAUGCAGGAUCUGUUGAGAGUGAUGCUAUCCUCAGAAUAAAACAAUAGGUCCAGCUCUUGAUAGAUCUGGAUGAAGACCAUAAGUUUGAGGUGAUAGCUGGUGUGACAAUCAUUGGUGCUCUACUGAUGAUGUUGAGUUAUUGCUGUCUUACUAACAAUCCAGCACAAGCUGUUAGCUGACUAUCCCUGGCUAAAGUCCUUCAGAUGGACUUUCUGUAGUGAAAACCAUCAUAUUUUUUGCUAGUUUUCUUUAAAGUGGUCAGUUACUGUAUGUGGCUACAAGUCAUUCAUCCUCUCUGCCUUGUGUGAAAAACCUGAAUAAUUUUGGAGGAAAUAGAUCCAGUGUCCGUGUCUUAUUUCUUAUGGAAACAAUUUUGUUCAAAGCUGAAGCAAUGAGAGGAACUAUUGUGUCAAGAGCUCAACAUUUAAAGUUGUUUGAUAUAUUUUCAUGACUUCCUAACUUUAUUUUAUCACAUCAGAAGUCAUAACAUUAAUAGUAAAUCCUUGUAAUAGACAAUGUCACUGUUUCUUACGCACCAAAGUCCCUGCAUUUGCAACCAUUUAAUUAAAUGACACCCCAUGUUUAACAGAAAUCUGUGAAUAGUGCAUGCACUAUACUGAAUAUGUGUAACUAUAUAUGAUAGCAAUUAGUGGAUUGUAUUUUGGUUAGAAAAUGAUGUAUGCAAUAGACAAGUACUAGAUUCACAGUGUUGCCAGUUUGCGUAAAGAAAACUCUUUGACAAGAAAACAUAUCCUGUGUAAUACCACCUCUAAUGUGGUUUCAUCUGAGUGCACCAGCCAAGGUACCUGACAGGUGGCAGCAGAAUAACUCACAUGCAAAAUUCAAAUAUGAAAGAUGAAAAUAUAUUUCAUGUUUUGAUGGAAAAUAGAAAUAUGUAUAUCUGUAUCAGUUCACAUGCACAUGAAUUUGCAAGUACUGAGUUUGUGAAUGCAGGAACUUUAGUGUGUGUGUGUGUGUGUGUGUGUGUGUGUGUGUGUGUGUGUGUGUGUGUGUGUGUGUGUGUGUGUGUGUGUGUGUGUGUGUGUGUGUGAUAGAAAAUAAUGGUCUCAGUAUGUAACAAGUGAUUCUAUAUUGAUGCACUUGCAUAUCAUUUAGUCGUAUAUGAUGGCUAAUUGAAAAUAAAGUAGUUGGGCAGCUUUUGUAUAUUGUAGAGUAAACUAUGAAUAGGAUAAAAGUAAUUUUAGUUUAAGGCACCAAAGAAAUUAUAGCAUGCUGGUCAUGGAAAUUGUUUACAGGGCAAGCAAUGCAUCAUAAUUUACAGUAGAGUUUAUUGAACAUAGUCAUGCAAGCAGUUUUCCAUUUGAAACAAAAACAUUCCUGACAUGCAAUCCUACGCUCACUGAGCAGCAAUGGCCUGUGUUACAUUUUAUAGCUGAAGAGUAUUUAUCUCAUACUGGUAAAAGCUUUGCAGUUUGCCUCAUGUUAUUGUCAUGGUAAUUGUGAAAUGUUAUUCACAUGUUAUACCUCUAUACUAAAAAGUAUAUUUUUUUCAAAAUGUUUUUAGAAAAUUAUAUCCUUACCUGUAUUCUCAGCAUUAUAUAAUUAAUUUAAUGUACUUUGGGUGCCAAAAUAUAUAGUAAAGAAGACAACAGACCUGAA